AUGAUUCGUGACUACAGCAACAGACAACUCGGUUACGCGAACGAUAAGAUUCCCACUAUCACUGGUAUAAUGAAGCAGCUCUCAGGAGAUCCUACCAACGACUUUCUCAAGUUUGGAUUCAUGCCGCAGCGAGUCGCUCGUGAUAUGCUUUGGGAAUCAGGCGGUGGACAAGGCACAACGCCCUUGACUCAACGAGUCGAUGCGGACAACCAGGUGAUCAAAGAUCCGCCCUCUGGUCAUGGGUGUACUGGAACGGAUCCAUCGAUUUCGAAAGCUACCUAA